GAACAAAAAAAUAAAAAAAAAAGAAUCAGACACUAAUAAACCGCCAUGGGAGAAGAGAAAUCUCUACUUCAGUUCCGUAGUAACCCUUCUCUCAAGACCUCUGAUUUCGCUCUUACCGGUGAACCUUCAUGGAGGCUGGACAACAACGUGCCUUCGAGAGGGAACAAAAGAAGCGGCGGCGUUUUGAACAAUUUCGCAUCCGUAUCGCUGGCGAUUAGGAGAGAUCGUAGGGAAUCUGGUGGAGCAUUCGCGUCCGUUACGGUGGUGAUUCCUAAGGAAGAGGAUUCAUUCGCUCCUACUCCUGCUCAGCUAUUGAAAAACCCCGUCGCUCUUUUGUCAUUUGUACCCAAAGACGCAGCUCUGUUCUUCGCCGGAGCGUUCGCCGGAGCCGUCGCAAAGUCAGUGACGGCACCAUUUGACCGUAUAAAGCUCCUUAUGCAGACACAUGGUGUUCGAGCUGGGCAACAAAGUGCUAAGAAGGCUAUGGGUUUCAUAGAGGCGAUUAUGCUUAUUGGUAGAGAAGAAGGUAUUAAAAGUUAUUGGAAAGGAAACCUACCUCAGGUGAUAAGGGUCGUGCCUUAUAGCGCGGUCCAGUUGUUUGCAUAUGAAACAUACAAGAAACUCUUUAGGGGAGAAGACGGUCAAUUGUCUGUUCUUGGAAGAGUUGGGGCUGGUGCUUGUGCUGGCAUGACCUCGACUCUGAUUACAUAUCCUUUAGAUGUGCUUAGAUUGAGGUUAGCUGUUGAACCGGGGUACCGAACCAUGUCCCAGGCUGCGUUGAACAUGCUAAGGGAGGAAGGAAUAGCAUCAUUUUACAACGGUCUGGGUCCAUCGCUUCUAAGUAUAGCUCCAUACAUAGCCAUCAACUUCUGCGUCUUUGAUUUGGUAAAGAAGGCUUUGCCAGAGAAGUAUCAAGAGAAGACACAGUCAUCUUUGUUAACAGCAGUGGUGGCUGCUGCUAUUGCUAGUACAUGCUAUCCGUUGGAUACCAUUAGAAGACAGAUGCAAAUGAAGGGUACUCCAUAUAAAUCAGUAUUAGACGCCUUCUCAGGUAUCAUUGAGCGUGAAGGAGUGAUUGGAUUGUACCGUGGGUUUGUACCCAAUGCCCUGAAAAGCAUGCCAAACAGCAGUAUAAAGCUUACAACAUUCGAUAUCGUAAAGAAACUCAUAGCAGCGAGUGAGAAGGAGUUGCAAAAAAUAGCGGAUGAUAAUCGCAAGAAAGCAGCAUCUCCUCCUAAUCCGAAUACAACUGAUGGAGAAACCUGA